AUGGAAGAACCCAGGUCUCCGCUUUUCCCAGCAUCGUCUUUGGCCCCGGGGAUCGAAGACAGUAACCAAUACUUCAUCCCGCAGCUCCCAGACAACCCCACUGUCCAGACGUCGUCGUUGCAGGUCUAUGUUGUCACCACAGAAAAACACUUGUUUGUGCAAGGGUUCAACGCAUCAGAGCAAGAGGGCCGGCCCCCUACUCUUUUGCGUGGAUGUCUUGUCAUACGCGUGGUCAAGCCGUCCAAAAUCAGAAGCAUCUCUCUUGUUUUCAAGGGUUCCGUGAGAACGGAUUGGCCCGAGGGCAUACCUCCAAAGAGAAAUGUCUACGCAGAUGGACAUGACUUGGUGACCCACACCUGGCCUUUUUACCAGAUGGAGACCCCGGUGCCUAAAUGCGGGGCAGACAUCUACGUUCCGUGUGGCAAGUCUGGCGUCCACGAGGAUGUUUCGUCGCUCAAUUUGGCCGAGUCAAACACUCCCCAAUUAAUGCCUAUCGAGUCUGCCACCCUGUUUGCUGCGAAUCUCGUGAAAAGAGCCACGUCGCCUCUUUCUGGCUCGUCGUCCAACCACUUGGCACCUACGGCUUCCGGUCUAACUUCCGUUUUGUCUGCUCUGUCGUAUUCAGGCGCCGAUGACGAACUGAAGCCGGGCCACUUUAGCCCCGGCUACUAUGUUUAUAAUUUCGAGCACCCGCUUCCUGCUCUGACCCCCGAGACCAUCAGCUUGAACUUUGGCCACGUGGCUUACUCGCUUGAAGCCAGCAUAACACGAGUCGGCGCAUUCAAGUCAAACUUGACGGCUAAAGUUCCGGUGGAUGUGGUGCGAAUUCCGUCCGACAACAGUGUCGAAGAGAACGAGCCCAUCAUCAUUGAAAGAGAGUGGGAGGACCAGUUGCGGUAUGAAAUCGUCGUCGGAAGCAAGUCGGUCGUUCUAGAUUCCUAUCUCCCGUUGUCCUUCCGGUUUAUUCCUCUCUUUGGCAAAGUGGCAUUGCAUCGUAUCAGAGUGUACAUGACAGAAAACUGCAACUACUACUGUAACAAUAAGACCGUUCAUCGUGCUGAGCCUGUGCGGAAGUUCUUGCUUCUUGAGCACAAAGCUAAGAAGAAUAAGUCGUUAAUCUCGAAAAGUGGUGGUUUAACCGAUGGCCCGGCUCCUGAAGAUGACGAAGUUCUCCCACGAGAAAUGGAGUUCCAGAUGUUUGUGCCUUCUACCAUCAACAAAAAAUACAACUACUGCAUGCAUCCCGACACUGCUUACGACGACAUCCAAUGUGACCACUGGAUCAAAAUAUCAUUGAGGAUUUCGAAGCAGGAUCCAGAGAACCCAGAGAAGCGCAAGCAUUUUGAAAUUCUGAUCGAUUCUCCCAUCCAUUUAUGCUCCCCGUUGGCGGCCCAUAACCACACUUUGUUGCCAUCUUACGACAUGGAGCCGGAGUUUCUUCCUGUUUACACUCCCACUUCCCCUCCUAUGUCUCCAGAAGUGACAGCAUUAGACUGCUCUCAUAAUGGAGGUUUAGGCAGACUGCUUCUUUCAGCUAUAUCUGGGAUUUCUGGGCAACAGAACGGCAGUCCAGGGGCUCGUCUGGAUAUAUCUCGCCCGCUAACUCCACUUGAGUUCCAUCACAUUCUGAGCCCCAACAACAACGAUGUUCCCAUUGAAAGAGAUCCGAAUAUUCACUUAGAAGCCAAUUUAUACGAACCUCCGGACGAAGAAGUUCUUGAGAAAUUGGGUUCGCCCCAGGCAAAACCUUUCUCUCCGCAGAUCAAAGCGUUCUCCCCCAUAGCUUCCCCGUUAAUGAGUCCUGUCUUAUCGAGACAGCCUACUAUUAAUCCUCCAUCUUUUGAGCAGCCUGGUGUGUCUCAGGACGUUCUCCCACCAGCUUAUGAGAGGGAAGACCCUGCCCACAUCAUAGCGUCAAUUGCCUUAGAUGACUCGCGUCACGGGUCAGAUAUGAAGAGUGUUCAUUCGGGCAGCCAUCUUUCUGGGCUUGGCGGAGAACCCAGUAUAAAGGAUAUUCUCAGUAGACAGCUUGAUCAGAGAUCAAGAAACAGCCAAAGCGACCGGGAAUCUCUUAGAAGUGCCCAGACAUCACAUGCGAGCGACAAAGACUCGAUGAAAAGCCACCAGAAUUCAAACAAUGGCGACACCAGCUCUAUCAGAAGUGCCCAAAACUCGAAGCACAGUCUUUCAGACGAAAACAGAAAGAAAAAUGGAGAAACGCCCGAUUCGAUCGGAACCAAUAAUACAGUUGGCGGCCACACCCAUGAGUCAACAAAGGAAAAUUCCACCAGUUCUGCUGCGAUGAAAAACAAUGCAGUGAAAGAUGUUUCAAAUGAUACUCUUUUGCCCGGCACAGCAAUGCACCAAGAUGAUACGGAGAUUGCGGACUUGGAUAUCACCGACGUUACACCGUUUGGACAUGACAUAUCGCCUAGCAUCAUGAAACCAGCCAAAUCUCGAAACUCUUCGAUUUCUCUGUUCACGUCGCUGGCUGUAGGACUGGACGACAUUCCGUUCGACCAAACAUUCCCGCUUUUGUCGCUAUCGAGUACCAGUAUCUUGGAUGGUUUAAGACAACUGUUUGACGAUCCAAUGCAGAAGUCUGGGUUUAUGGGUACUCCUUCCAUGACGGAUUUGGUGGACUCGAACUUUUUCGGCAAUGAUGAACAUCGCAUCAACGGAUCUCUUUCUCGUUUGCGGAAUCCUCGCAUUAAGAAGCAUUAUCAGGACCCACCGCAGAUAGUUGAGCCUGGUGUGGCAAUUGCUGGAUCCAAAGACCGCCAAAAGAGUUUUGGAGUAAUUCCGCUGUUUACGUUUGAUACCAGUCAUAGCCAUAGUCCAAAUCGAAGCUCGACCGAGAGCGAUGUGACUAUUGAUGAAAUAUCUCAAAGUGGGAGAAAGGGCGAUACGUUUAUUGAGCCUCUAGAUCUUCAGGAAGUGGCAUCUAAGUAG